GAUCUCGGUGCUGUUAUUUAUACGGUACAAGAGGUGCUGGAUGAGUUGAAGUGUGAAAAGUCAAAGCAUCUUCUCGAGACUAUUCCUUAUGAAAUUGUUAUUCGAGAGCCAUCGAAAGAAUCUCUUCAAAUUGUGUGUGAUUGCUCGAAAAAGACCGGUGAUUAUGCAUCUCUGUCGGUUGUCGAUUUAAAAGUGUUGGCUCUCACUCACGAUCUACAUGUUCAGACAUGUGGUAAAGAUAAACUCAAUUAUGACUGUAAAAAGACGGCCGAUACAAGAGCGCCUGAUUCAGAAGCUGUAAAAUCAGGUGAUGAUGAGCAUCAAAAUGGAACUGAUGGAGAUGCUGCCGUCCCUGAAAAGAAAUAUGAUGCCUUAGCGGGAUUCUACAAUCCAUCCUCGUCAUCAUCAGCAAAACAGGUCGGUCACUAG